AUGCUCAAGGCUAAGGAGCAAAUAGUCACUGCAGGGAAGAAUUGUGAAAGAUUGGACCACCAAUGGCAUGUGGUCCUUUUAAAAGGAUCUCAGCCCUACUGUAGUGGAGUGCUUUUGGAUAGGAGGUGGGUGGUCACAGCUGCCCACUGCCAGUUAAGAAAGUACAAUGUCUACUUGGGCAAACAGCAUUUGAAGAAGUAUGAGAAGUGGAUCGUCAAGGUCAAGGCACAUAAGUCUUAUCCCCAUCCUGAGUACUCUCCAGACACCCAUAUCAAUGACAUUAUGCUGAUAAAGCUAAAGAAGCCAUCCCCAUUGGGGAAUAAUAUUGAACCUGCCAAUAUACCCACCAAGUGUAUCUCACCUGGUACCACCUGUACAGUCUCUGGCUGGGGCAUCACCAGCAGCCCAAAAGCGACAUAUCCAGAUAGGAUCCAGUGUACAGAUGUGAAUAUCCUCUCCACUUCAGACUGCAAGAAGAUUUACCAGGAUAAAAUACAGGACUCCAUGUUGUGUGCUGCCCUUCCCAAUUCUACAAUCAAUGCUUGCAAUGUGAGUACUGUAACACCAUGUAGUUGCACUUUCUUUCUUCUGGACGUCAAGAAAAAUCCUCCUCACAGCAACACAGCAUCACCCUAUGUCCUUCUGCUGCCACAAACCCCAUCUUCUGUGUGA